AUGGAUAAUGACGACUUGUUUGACGUUUUCGAUGAAAAGUCUACAGACUUGCCUCAGCUAGAAGCUCCGCCAAAGGAACCUAUAGAAACUAAUGGAGAAGCAGUUGAGGAGGUUCAGGACGUGAAGAAGCGCCACAGAGCCUCCUCCGAAGACGAACCUAAAGAAGACAGCGCAACAGCGCACGACUCAGCUAAAAGACCCAAAAAUGGGAAAAAGAUCUUGGAAAAGAAGAAGAAAUCAGAAGUUGUUCCAGUCCUAGCUGAUUCUUUCGAGCAGGAAGCCUCUCGCGAGGUUAAUGCGUCUAUGGGGCUAGGUGCUGCCAACAGCGUGCAAGUUGAAGAAGAUGGGAAAGUCAAACUAUCGCAUCAAGUCAGACACCAGGUCGCACUUCCUCCACACUAUGACUACAAACCCAUUGGUGAACACAAGCGCCAAAAUGAAGCGAGGACGUAUCCUUUUACAUUGGACCCCUUUCAGGAUACCGCUAUCUCAUGUAUUGAUAGGGGCGAAUCGGUCCUGGUCUCUGCUCACACAUCUGCGGGUAAGACUGUAGUUGCAGAGUACGCAAUUGCGCAGUCGAUGAGAAACAAGCAAAGAGUUAUUUAUACAUCGCCCAUCAAAGCUCUAUCCAAUCAAAAAUACAGAGAGCUUCUUGCUGAUUUUGGAGAUGUUGGGUUGAUGACAGGUGAUAUAACUAUAAACCCUGACGCAGGGUGCCUCGUAAUGACCACCGAAAUUCUAAGAAGUAUGUUAUACAGGGGUAGUGAAGUUAUGAGAGAAGUGGCUUGGGUUGUUUUUGAUGAAGUGCAUUACAUGAGAGACAAGGAGCGUGGUGUGGUCUGGGAAGAAACUAUUAUUCUGCUGCCUGACAAGGUCCGUUACGUUUUCUUGUCUGCCACUAUUCCUAACGCAAUGGAGUUUGCUGAAUGGAUCUGUAAGAUACAUUCCCAACCGUGUCAUAUUGUUUACACUGAUUUCCGUCCAACACCGCUUCAGCAUUAUCUAUUCCCAGCACAUGGAGAUGGCAUACAUCUGGUUGUUGACGAGAAAAGCACGUUUAGGGAGGAAAACUUUCAAAAGGCAAUGGCAUCUAUCAGCAAUCAAGUGGGUGACAACCCAGGCUCAACAAAUUCUAGAGGCAAGAAAGGCCAGACCUACAAGGGCGGCGCCUCGAAAGGUGACUCCAAAGGCGAUAUCUACAAGAUUGUGAGAAUGAUAUGGAAGAAGAAAUACAAUCCUGUAAUUGUAUUUUCCUUUAGCAAAAGAGACUGCGAGGAGCUAGCUUUGAAGAUGUCAAAACUUGACUUUAACUCGGAGGAUGAGAAGGAAGCGUUGACUAAAAUUUUUACUAACGCCAUUGAACUUCUCCCUGAGACUGACAGAGAGCUUCCUCAAAUAAAACAUAUAUUACCGCUGCUAAGAAGAGGUAUAGGUAUCCACCACUCGGGCCUACUACCUAUUCUUAAAGAAGUGAUUGAGAUUUUGUUCCAGGAGGGCUUCUUGAAGGUUUUAUUUGCCACAGAAACAUUCUCUAUCGGUUUGAAUAUGCCUGCAAAAACUGUCGUUUUCACCAGUGUGAGGAAAUGGGAUGGCAAACAGUUUCGUUGGGUUUCUGGUGGUGAGUACAUCCAGAUGUCAGGCCGUGCCGGUCGUCGUGGCCUGGAUGACCGUGGUAUUGUGAUUAUGAUGAUCGACGAAAAGAUGGAACCUCAAGUUGCCAAGGGAAUGGUUAAAGGCCAAGCUGAUAGGCUAGAUUCUGCCUUUCACCUCGGGUAUAACAUGAUCUUGAACCUGAUGAGGGUGGAGGGAAUAUCCCCAGAGUUCAUGCUGGAGCAUUCGUUCUUUCAAUUUCAGAAUGCAACAUCGGUUCCUCUCAUGGAGAAAAAACUCACGGAACUCUCCGCCAAGUCAGAGAGCAUGGUCAUUGAGGAUGAGCAGAACAUAAAAGACUAUUACGAAAUUCAGAAGACCCUCGAUGGCUACUCUGAAGACAUUCGUCAAAUAGUCACACAUCCUUCGAAUGUACUAAGCUUCUUACAGCCAGGAAGGCUUAUUGAGGUUCAGGUGGGCAACGCAAACUAUUGUUGGGCUGCCGUGGUUGACUGCACUAAAAGAACAAGCAAGUUGUCAGCUGUUUACAGUGACCACGAGUCCUGGAUUGUCAAAGUUGUUGUCAAUACAAUGUAUGUGGAUGCCCCAUUAAACCUUAUCAAACCAUUUAAUCCAGUUUUCCCUGAAGGGAUAAGGCCGGCAAGCGUUGGCGAAAAGUCUGUUUCUACUAUCAUUCCCAUUACGCUUAACUCGAUUAAAAGUGUGGGCAACUUGAGGCUUCAUAUGCCCAAAGACAUCUUAGCUGGGAGUCAGCAAGUUGCCGUGGGCAAGUCCAUCAAAGAAGUCAGAAGAAGGUUUUCGGACAAAGUGCCCGUCAUGGACCCUAUAAAAAACAUGAAGAUUGAAGAUGAAGAUUUUCAAAAACUGCUUCAGAAAAGCGAAGUGUUAAAGUCAAGGCAAUCCUCAAAUCCUUUGUCAGGUUCUGUGAGAUUAGACGACCUUUACCAGAAAUACAAUGAGAAAGUUUCCAUCAACUCAGAAAUUAGGCAGUUGAAGAAAAAGAUUCAAGAAGCCCAAGCCGUGACACAGCUCGAUGACUUACGCCGUCGUAAAAGGGUUUUACGUCGUCUCGACUUUUGCACUCCUAACGACAUCAUAGAAUUGAAAGGCAGGGUUGCUUGCGAGAUUUCCAGUGGUGAUGAGCUUCUUUUAACUGAGUUGAUCUUCAACGGUAACUUUAACGACCUAACCCCAGAGCAGGCGGCUGCAUUACUUUCAUGCUUCGCAUUCCAAGAGCGCUGUAAAGAGGCUCCAAGGCUGAAGCCUGAGCUUGCAGAACCGCUCAAAAAUAUGAGAGAAGUUGCUGCGAAGAUAGCAAAAAUUGUGAAAGACUCGAAAAUCGAGAUUGUUGAGAAGGACUACGUGGAGAGUUUCAGACAUGAACUUAUGGAAGUCGUGUACGAAUGGUGUAAGGGUGCAACUUUUACUCAGAUUUGCAAGAUGACAGAUGUCUACGAAGGCUCUCUCAUCAGAAUGUUCAAGCGUCUUGAAGAGCUAAUUAAAGAGCUGGUCGAGGUUUCCAAUACCAUCGGAAACUCUAUGCUUAGGGAGAAAAUGGAGGCUGCCUUGAAUCUGAUUCACAGAGACAUUGUGUCUGCUGGUUCGUUGUAUUUGUGA